AUGGUGAGCUGUGAAGAGCAAUAUGGUGAAGAGCUUCCACUCGUCCAACCAGCUCCAGUGGUGUUGGAGAUUAAUCGCUUCCAAAACCAACUCAAAGAAAAGGUUAAGGAACUAGCGACUUGUCAGGGUGAAAUCAAAGCCUUAAGGGCAACUGAAGCUCUGAAGGAUAAGGCCAUAGAAGAGCUGAGAAAUGGAGUCAGUAAACUGGACGAGAAACUUAGAGUUACUGAGGAUCAUCUCAAACAAAAGAAUCUAGAAAUCAAGAAACUGACAGAUGAAAAGAAAGAUGCGUUGGCCGCACAAUAUGCUGCAGAAGCAACACUUAGAAGGGUACAUGCAAAUCAAAAGGAUGAAGAUUUGGUUCCAAUUGAGAGUGUCAUUGCUCCUCUUGAAGCCGAGAUUAAAAUGUAUAGGAAUGAGAUUACAACACUUCAAGAAGAUAAGAAAGCUUUGGAACGAAUCACAAAGUCAAAAGAGUCAGCAUUGCUAGAAGCAGAGAAGAUAUUGAGAAGUGCACUAGAGAGGGCUCUAAUAGUUGAGGAAGUUCAAAAUCAGAACUUUGAUUUGAAGAGACAGAUUGAGAUCUGCCAGGAGGAGAACAAAAUCUUAGAGAAAACCCACCGCCAAAAGAUUUUGGAAGUUGAAAAGCUUAGCCAAACCAUUCAAGAACUUGAGGAAGUGAUCUUAGCUAGCGGAGCCACUGCUAAUGCUGUUCGUGAUUAUCAGCGACAGAUUUCUGAAUUGCAAGAGGAGAAGAGGACAUUGGAGAGGGAGCUAGCAAGGGUAAAGGUUUCAGCCAACAGAAUUGCAAAUGUUGUGGCUAAUGAGUGGAAGGACGAAAAUGAUAAGGUCAUUCCUAUCAAGCAAUGGCUGGAAGAGAGAAGGAUUAUGCAGGCAGAGAUGCAACGGUUAAAAGACAAGCUAGCUAUAUCAGAGAGAACAGCUAGAGCAGAGUCACAAUUAAAGGAUAAACUGAAGCUGAGGCUAAAAACACUAGACGAAGGCUUAAAGCAUAUCUCAAGCAACCCAACUAUUUCGAAUGUGUUUUCUGGGUCUCCAAAAUCAGAAAAGUCUAACAUCUUAGGUUUCCUAACAACCAGUGGUGGACUGAAAAAGAGAUCCACAUCACAACCAAGAGCAUCUACUGUUGGAAGCUCUUUGUUCCAGCAGCCAAAUAUAAAAAACAGCAGAGACAUUGUUGCUGGGAAUUUAAAAACGGGAAGCCCUACUAAAAAGAAAUAUAGUUCAGCAGAAAAUGUGUUGAAGAAAGGGAUGUGGGCGUCAAGAAGUAAAGUUGCUGAUAGCGGUGAAAAGGAAAAUGAGAUACAGGUGAACACAGCCAUGAAUGUAACCCGGUGCAAUGGUGAAAGAGAAGCCACAGAAAUCAAAACCACUGAUAAUGUGAAUGGAGACUCCGAAAGCAAGAAACCAAAUGAUUCAGGCGGUGACGAUGUGGUCUCAGGUUUUCUAUAUGAUAGGCUGCAAAAGGAGGUCAUCAAUUUGAGGAAGUCUUGUGAAAUUAAAGACAGUAGUUUGCAUGCUAAAGAUGAAGAAAUUAAGAUGCUCAUAAAGAAAGUUGAUGCACUGACAAAGGCCAUGGAAGUAGAGUGGAAGAAAAUGAAAAGAGAAGCAGCUGCUAGAGAGAAAGAGGCUUCAUCAACCAACUCAGAUGAUAAACAGAAAAACAGAAGCACAAACUCCUCUAAAAGGUCUUGUAACUUCUCUUUUUGCAGUGUGGCUGGUACCUGUUAA